AUGUCGAAGAGCGGCAGCGAAGGGCUGAAGAAGGGCCCGUGGACGCCGGCGGAGGACAGGCUGCUGGUGGACCACGUGCGGCGGCACGGCGAGGGUAGCUGGAACGCGGUGCGGCGGGAGACGGGGCUGCAGCGCUGCGGCAAGAGCUGCCGGCUCCGGUGGGCCAACCACCUCCGGCCAAACCUCCGCAAGGGCCCUUUCACCCCCGACGAGGAGCGCCUCAUCCUCCGCCUCCACGGCGUUCUUGGCAACAAGUGGGCACGCAUCUCAUCGCAGCUGCCGGGGAGGACGGACAACGAGGUCAAGAACUACUGGAACACGCGCGUCAAGCGCCGGCUGCGCGCCGGCCAGUCGCUCUACCCGCCCGACAUCGAGCGGGAGAUCGCCAUCCUGCGCGCCCAGAACGCCUUCGCCGACGCCGACGGCAACAUCGCCACCCACGCCAUGCCGCUGGUCUCCGACCCGUUCGCGCUGCCGCCGAGGGUGCCAUCGUCCACGUCGGCAUCGGCCACUCACUCGUCGCCGCUGAUCAACCAGAACUACCCGCUCCUCAACCAGAUGCAGGGGAUGCAGCAGGUGCGCCACCACCAUCACCCGCAGCCGGUGUUCCAUUCCCACCACCACCAUGGCGGCUUCAGAUCAGCGGGUCUCCCCCCGUUGCCCACCAGAGCGCGCGAGCCCCCUUCCAACCAAAUCGACACGGCGAGCUACAGCGACGGCCUGCUCGAGGCGAUGCUGCUCGGCGACGACGACCAUCACCUCCUCCCCCGUCCCAACCAAGCCAUGUGCAGGGCGGGCUCCAUGCCCGACCUCAUGUACGGCACCGGCGGCGCUAGCGCGAGCGACAGCGACGUCACCUCGCAGUUCCCUCCUCCCGACGACAUUCAGCACCCGCAUCAUGACGGGAAAUGGGACUUCCUCUUCGAUGACGUGAAGCCGACGAUGAGGAGGGCGGUGAGCGCGGCGCCGGAGAAUGAGAGCACCGGCAUGCUUGGUGUCGCCCCAGUAUCUAUGCCGGGGGAGUGGUUCAGCGCCAACGGCGGUUCGCCAGGAUCUGUUGUCACCACCGCCGACGAUGAGUUUGGCCUCGAGAUGCAACAACUGAUUACAUCGUUGCCGUUGUCAACCGACGAGCUUAACUGGAACGCUUGA